UCGGCCCUGGCGUCCCGCCCUACUGCGCAGACGCGGAAGCUUUCGGUAAGCGGGCGCUCGAGACCGUGUAGGCAGGAGAACGUGGCGGGUGGCACCCGUUUCCAGGUCUGGCCUCAGCAUGGCUGCCCUGCUUGUGAGAAGCGCGGUGGCUUCGCUCAUGGAUCCGCUCCUGCACCUGAGUCGCCUCGCAGUAAAGCCCCGGGUCUUCUCCUCCUUCCUGCUGGGGACUCUUCCAAGCGCCAGACCCUGCGCAGAGGUGCGCUCGCUUCUCUGGGCCCGCCCCCUGCCGCACCUGCAGCCCUCUCUGGGCUUCAAGACCAAGGGUGUCCUCAAGAAGCGCUGCCGGGACUGCUACAUGGUGAAGAGGCGCGGGCGCUGGUUCGUCCUCUGUAAGACCAACCCCAGGCAUAAGCAGAGGCAGAUGUAAGGACAGAUGCCCAAAGGAAGUUCGUUUCGCCGAAUCAGAGAAAAAUAAAUGUAAGCAUUCUGUAAUCGAAGAUCUGUGGGCCUUGGAGUUUUGUCGAACUCACCCGUUUAACCCAAUCAUAGCCCAGUUCCUUCAAAUUUAGCCAGACCAGAGCAGCAGAUGGGAAAGGAUUGUUACUGUUCCUCAAACUGUGUUGAACUGGAGGACAAAAGAAACAAGAAUACAAAGCUGACUUUAUCUCUUGAGACAAGGUCUGGCUCCAUAGCCCUGGCUGACCUGAAACUUGCAGAGAACCUCCUGCCUCUGUCUCCCUGGAGUCAUCAAAAGCAGCAGAAUGCAAGGUUUAAGAAACCAACUGAGCCGGAAGGCCCCUGUGGGGAGCACAGCAAUCCCAGCUUAAAAAUAAAUGGUGUUGUUGGGUAACAACUAUCCCAGCCUUUACUCAAGGAAAACCUUGUUUGCAUAGAGAUGUCUUUCAGAAACCAAUUAAAAAUGUUUGUCAUGACUGCCCUUAAA